AUGGCGCGUAAGCGUAAGAGCGCCGCUGAAGCCGCCGACGUGUGCCCGCGGGAUCUCAAUGAGUUCCCGUAUAUUGCUUGGAUGAACAAGCAGCUGUCCGCAGGUCGCAAGCCAUCUGGCCCGCAGCCAGUAGGAACUCCUUCGCGUGGCGACACCUCUUACCAAGCCCCACGUGACGUCCCGACCCGCGGGCGCCGUCACGCUGACUGGGUGGCAUCAUCGAGUAGUCCUGAAGUUAACACGUACGGAGAGGAAGACGACGACGCCGAAUACAACGAGGAGGCCGACGACACCGACGACGAAGCGGACUCCGGGGAAGAGGAGGACAAGGGCAUGUCCGACUCUGAUGCCGCCGAAGAUGGCGAUGACGCGGGGACCGACGACGAGGACGCACCGGAGGAAUCGCAGCCUGCUACUCUGCCAGUUCGCCGCGGUCCUGCAAAGGCGGCACCGGGGGUCAAGAACGCCGCCAAGGGUGGGGAGCCACCUCGACGCGCACCAAAGACCCGCGACCCCAUGCCGGUGAAGCGCAGCAUGUGGUCGCCCCGGGAGAGCACGAUCCUCGUGGCCGCCCGCUGGUUCAUGAAGGAUGAGCUAGAGCCGCUGCUGGGGAAGCAGGGGUCCCAGUAUUGGGCCCGCCUCGUGCGACACAUUGAGUCCGGAAAUCCUGGAUGGGUCCGCGGCGUCAACGCCGUGCAGAAGCAGUGGCGCAACCUCGUCUCCAUGUUCAAGCAGUUGCAGAAGGCGGACAAGGCGUCCGGUAACGGUGUGGUAUGUAAGCCGCCGUGGUGGCCGUACAUGGAGUUAUUUCAUAACAACCGUGCAGUGGCUGCGCCGCACGCCGUCGCCGCCGGUGGGGCCACACACGUGAACGUGCCGUGCGGGUUCGCGGUGCCUUCGACGUCCACGCCAUGCACCUCUACGCCGACAUUCACGGCCCCCCCUCCGGUGACGCCUCCCUCUAAGCGCCCGCGUGUUGCGGAGACUGCUACCAUGGCCGCGGCCAAGCUGGUCUCCGACACCAUCAAGGGUUGCCACGCGGAUGCGAUGGCAAAGCUGGAGGGGCUCGUCCGCGCCUGGAUGCAGCAAGACGCCGAGAUUGCCCGCUCCCGCAACCAGGGGCCGGCCCCAUCGCCACCAGGUGUCAACGGUGUCCCCGCGGAUGCGUCCACCCAGCCCGCACCAACCGCCGCCGAAGGCGACGACGGAGGAUGGUUGCGUCGCGGUGAGGCCGGUGGUGUCGGAGCUACUCCGGACGAGGCCGAGGAGGUGUGGGUUCGCGGCGACGCCGAGUAA